UGUCCUUUGGGAAAAUGCCCGGAUUUAGUUAGCCAUAAAUAUAUUGUAGAGAUUUGUUUUGGAGAAUUUUGGAGUAGAUAGACUCAGCUAUUUCGGGUUGUAGUGAUUAUAUAGUUAUAUUCAAGGGUUGUCAUAGGAUAGUUCGGAAUAUAAGAUAUAAGUCAGCCGUAGCAUGGGUUUAGCAAGUGAAGAUCAUCAUCGCAUGAGACACGUUUUCCGUAAAAUCAGUUUAUGUUGUAUAUUUCUACAAAGAUUACAGAAUUCCAGACAAAAUGUGAAGACCUUUCACGAGAGAAGUGGACCAGUGAAGAAAAGUAACUUCAGGGUUGCUUCCCUUUGUUUCCUGUUUCUCAGAAGACUUCAUGCAUUUGAGUCUCAUUUCCGAACUGCUAGCACACAGCAUGUCCAUGAUCCAGCAAACAAACCGACGUUUAGAGUGGCAAGCCUUUGUUUUGUAUUCCUCAAUAGACUGCAUGCAUUUGACCAUGAGCCUCAGCCGCAGAAUACCAAACACCCACCUCCCCAGCAGUCGUGGAGCAUGCCCGCCAAGUGUAGUGGAGGCGGCCGACGACAGAAACGCAAUUCCACUAAACAGAAGUGCACAUGCUGCAAACUGAACACGGAUUCGGAGAGCGGCGAGGAACAGACGCGAACCAUUCUCACCAACACAUUCCGCGACAUUGUGCCAAAACUCUCCCGCAUAUUGGUUAAUCAAGAUCCUUUCAGCUCUUCGUCAAUAUGGACUAAAAAAUUUGAGCCUCAAUCGUGGCCGUCAGUUUUACCGUGGAAGGAUCCGAACAACAAACCAAAAGAUACAUUUGAAACGCUGGAAAAAAGAAUGCAUACCUUGUUACGUCUCUGUAAGGGCAAACAAAUUCCCAGUGACAUAGAAAAAGAAAUAGGUGCUUACCGCGAAUAUCAGUUGCAGGUACAGCAACAUCAGACCGGCGACAUUUCUAAACUUCAAGUCAUUCGACAAAAGAGAAAAGCCACACAUAAAAUGACCGUCGCCAUAAGAGAAUUUGCAGAGGUCAUAAAAUGGCACGGUCUACCAGCGCAUUCAGAGGAGCUUAGAAAAGAAUCAAAGAGAUUUCGAGAAAUAGUACAGCUCUCGGACCCUUCUAAUAGUCCACUCUCCUCACAGUUUGAAGAUAUUUUUUCAGCGAUAGCUAAUAUUGAGGAUCCUAGCACUACGCCGGAGGAAUAUAUGCGACAGUUCAACCAAGCGGAUCAAUCUGGAACCAUAGCACAGAAGCAGUACCCACAUUCGAGUCUGAUGCCGUAUGCUGCAGCUGCUGCAUGCAUGGAAGAGUUUGGAUCCAGUUUCUCCGAGUCCGCGGCUUCUUAUCGUCAAUCCCACACAUCGUUCUACGCACAACAGACCCUGAAGAGGAAUCUAGCAGCAUUCUGUAAGCGGGAAGAGGAAGUGAAGAACACAUCCAAGAAAAAACGAAUGGGCAAUUCAGACAAGAAUUUCUAAUUCUAUUAUCUCAGAAAUUUUAACAAAGUCAUAUUCAAUAAAUAUAUGAGUAAGAAAAGUUAAUUUCAGGACUGAAUAUGAAAUCAGUUUGAACCAAACUUUGACAAGUCUUGUCACACACGUGUGAAAUAAUUGAGAUAUUCUUUCAAACCCUGUUGUUACAAAUAUCAAGAAAAGAUGGCGAAAUCUAAUUAUGUUUUUAUGAAAAGAAAAUUCAAAGUUACAAUGAUAAAGUUUAAGGUUUUCUAUUUUGUCAUAUGGAUCCGCCAAAUUAACUUACAAUGUUAUAUUAACUGUUAAAUGUUUUCUAUGACUAUUUAUUGUUCCAGAAAAUGGAGCGUGUAUAUUGUAUGCUUCUGACUGCAUUUUGUAUAUAAUUGUUUUUGUUGAUUUCUUUUGUUAAAAGCACAGGAAGUUAUUGUUUUUGUUAUUAUUUUUUUUGUGAUCUUUUUAUUUAUCUGUAACUAACAAGCCAAAAUCAACUAUUUUUUAUUGAAGAAUGAAAAAAAAUAAAUAAAUGAAUGAUAGGUUUAGUUUUUGUAAAUUUUUAAAUUUACUGACAUAUUAUGGCUUGAAGAAGAUGAUCAACAGGUUUUAUAUUUCGAUUCAUUGCUUUCAUCCCAUACCUUGCUGGAGCCUGUCCAUGACAUUUGAUUCUGAACCAGAUUAACAAUGAUAUCUUGAAGGCGACCUUUGCUGAACCUUAGGUCCACUUCAGGACUCUAGCUACUGUGUUUCAUGUGUUAUAACCCCAUGCUCAAUAUUGCACCAAACCCCUUGUAGCACAGAUUUUAGAAGUGCAGGGCAAGAACAACAUUUUCAAAAAAGGAGUGGCCCUUUGCUUGCAGAUGAAAUAUACUAGAUCACCCAUUGUAAAGAUAAUGAUACGUUUUUAUGGAAGACUAGCCUUUGAGCUUCGUUUCUAUUUUUGUCCGUAGUAAUCGUCCUGUUGUAAAUAUUAACCUUUGAUCUAGCAUUCACGAAAUUUUGCAAGUAGGCACUUUUUUUCUUGCCCACGGACUAAAUCCGCUUGACGUGGGAUAUUUCUUGCCCUGGGUCAUAUCUGGAAAGGAGCCAUUUUGGAUAGUAUAGCAACAAAUUUGGGUAUAAAUUCUGGGCCCAUUCCACAUGCAGUCUAUUGACUAGGCUCUGGGACUACUGUUAAUUCGAAAAUGUUCAUCCACAUACUGUGAAAUCACUAAUUUUGGUGGGUUUUUUAAUUGCGUUGAUUUCGUGGUUACACUACAUCUAACAAAUUCAUACGUCCACAAAGUAAUUUCUAGGUUGUCAUUAAUUAAUAAUCUAUUCUCCGUAUGAGUGGGUACUUGCCGCCCUUGAAUUCAUGUACAUGUACUCAUGAAAUGGUGAUUUUUUGGGUACAUGACAGUUGGGCCCCACGGAAAUAUAUGAUUUCAUAGUAGUAGUCUAUAUUCACCCAGUAUGGCUAAAUUCCAUUCAAGAACUACGUGAAGUUGCCCUUCACGGUAGAGUUACUGUGUACAGUAGGACGUUUACACAUGUUUAUGGUUGUCCACGUUAUGGAGGUUGAAAAUUUUAAAAUAAAAGAACAUUUCCAGUAUACUGUCUAGAGAUAUUGUACAGUAGUGGUAUACAAACUACUACAUAUUUUUCCAUAGUAUUUAGGAAUUUUAUUGAUAUUAUUUAAGAAAAUAAUAUCUUUGUAAUAAUACGGUAUACCUGGAUAAUUUUGCUGAGUCAAAUAUUAGCUCUUCACAGUACUAUCGGUAAUUGCCGAGUAUUAAUUUCGCUCUUUACGCGUAAUUACUAUAUAAACGGUAUGUUGUGUCCGGAAUAAGAUUCAUCAGUUUGGUAUGAAUAAUAAAGGCUAAGUUUGUUUUGAACACAAACGGUAAAUGAAAACUAUUUUGCAUGCUUUCAAAAACGUCUGCUUCCUUUGUCAAGCAAAGAGUGCAAUUGACCAGUGUCUCGACACUAAACGUCUGAAAACAACUCACUGAGCCACAGUGUGCCGAAUCAGUAAAGUCAGCUGUCAAAAAAUAUUUCGACAUUUCGAAACCUCACAAGAUAAGUUUUCAAUUGCUGUUUGCGUUAAAAACAAACUUAGUUGUUGUGUACUUAUAUUCGUUACUCUGAUAAACUCGCCUCAUUGCAGGAAAAAAAGGUGAAAAUUUAACAGCGGUGAACAUUUAACAGCAGUGAAAAUUUAACUUAACAGCAGUGAAAAUUUAACAGCAGUGGAAAUUUAACAGCAGUGAAAAUUUCCGCUAUACAGUAAUAAAUAUGCAAUAGAGAUAGAUGGGAGUUUUACGCCCUUGUGACAACGAAAGUCACAUGGUGUUGUAAUACAGAGCGUGGGAUUAUUAGUGCGGAAAUACGGUAGGCUUUCUAUGUCAAUUACUUUUGUAAAUAAUUUCUAUAUGAGUCGUUUAUCAAUAUGGGGUUACGCAACAUGCCCAAAGUAUAUUUUUAUCCAAAGAAAUAUCCCUGUUGUUCAUUACGAAAUGUAGAACAUAAUGAUUAUGAAUGUUUUGUUUGUACAUGAAUUGAUUUGUUAUUUCAUUACUGUUUUACAUUAUACUGUUAACGGUUUCUUUAGCAAUGUAAUA